GCGACGGUGCGACUGACAAGGUUGGGACUGGAAGGCGACGGAGUGAACCGGCAGCUGUUCGAGCUCUUGUGGAAGAGAGACCUUCUCAGUGAUCAGUCGGUUGCCCUUCGGAUACCCGACACCAUCGUCUUCAAGUUCAACUACCCGUCAGUUUGGUACUUCACGUCCUUGGAUGGCACGCUGAAGCGCAAGCACAAGUCGAAGCUGAACGAUGAGUAUAUCUUUCAGCAAUUCUUGAAGCGACCUCCAGCGUGUGGCAUCGUUGCCUACUACGUCCGGACUGUCGUCGAUGCAGAGGAUGCUCAUAAAGGCCUUGCUGAGAAUGUCCCAGCUCCGACUACCAUUGAGUACUUGAACGAGGCUCAGCUGCAUGACUUUUUGUUCAACAGGCAGCGGGAGAAGGGCAGCGGCUUGCUACAGAAGUUCCUGGAGCCCUUCGGUGAUCGGAACAACAUGAUUCGUGCUCUGUGGUCGCCCAAAGUCUGCCUCCUCGAGCGGCGCCUGAACUGUCUCAACCUAAACGACACCCGCUACGACAUGUACGAGCGGGCCGUGACAUUCGAGGGACCCGACUUCCACUCCGAGGUCACGCCGGUCAGGGGCUCCAUCCUCGCGAACAAGGUUCUUCACAUUGCAGAGACAAUUGUGCAGCAUGUCAAGGGGGCCACGAACGACCGCGUGGACAUCACGCGCUUGGCCCUGAACUUCAAGGUGGAUCACAAGGACCACCUGCACUUUCUCUUCGCCUCUUCAGUGCGCCUCUCCGCAGCUACCGGAGCGCUGCCACUGGAGGUAAAUACCAAAUUGCAAGUCCCCGAGAACAUACACCGAGCACAGAGCGUGUCUCGUGUUGCACCGGCAAUCUUGCUGCGAAGCUGCAGUUGCCCCACUUGCCAGGAGAAGGUGCACGAGGAGAUGCUAUUCGACGUCUCCUACAAAGUCAUUAUGGAGUAUGAAGAGCAGCGGCUCAGCGCCGCCAAGACUCUCUUGCCGGAGGCCGGGAGCAGCCCGAGACUGGAGGAGGUGCCGGAGGCAUUGCAGAGGCUGCAUCCUCGCCUGCAAGCGGCGGAGUACGCUACCCUGAAAAAUGAACUGGCCUUCCAGGAAAAGUCUGCUGCCGUUUGUGAGAACUGCUAUUUGCGCUUCUCCACGGCACAGCUAGGCCCAGUCCAGCGACUUGCCGCGCCCGAGCUGCGAACAGCAAUGGAAGAGGCCUUGGGUGACGCCGAGGCGGCCCUCGUGGGCACAGGAGCCAAGGAUCCUGAGCGCUUGGCUCUGCGGCGCGAGGUGACGCGCAGGAAGAUCCUGGAUCGCAGGGCUCUGGAGGACGCCCUCUUCGAUGCUGCAGAAGCCCGUGUCCCCUUGCGAAAGGCAGCCAGUUGCCCAAAGCUUCCGAGUUGGGGUCCGGAUCAGCAGGGCUACCCCCUCUGGGCUCCGACGCCCGUACUCCGGCGGCCAGCGCCGCCCAAGGGGGCACCGCCGAAUGCCACGCGCCUCAGGGAGGCAGUUACAGAGGCACCAUUGCGGGAAAAGUCGAGGAGCAAGGCAUCGCAGCUGAAUGGAGAGCCCUACCUCAAAGCGAUCCAGGACUUCGCUUCUUCCCACCAGCGGCGAGCGGCCGAGGUCUUGGGCCCACGGGCUGGCGAGAAGCUCGUAGCUCUCACACGGAAAGGUCCGAAGGUGCCUGCAACCGGGGGCGAUGUGCCGGAACGUAUCCCAAGCGACGAGGAAGAGGUUGCACGCGAGCAAGUGCGGAAAUACGUCUCCCGCCACAGCUCCGCAAUCUCGACACCGACGACCAGGCCACCGUCGCACCUGGACGGCAACGGCUCGGCGCCCUCUUCGAACCCCACGUCCCGGCCCUCCACGCGGCCCAGCUCCCGAGGAGUUGUGGGACGCUCUUCGCGACCAUCUUCGUCGCCAUCGGUUGGCAUUGGAAGUCGAGGAGGGAGGCCCCGGCCGGCCUCCUCGCCGAUGGUGCGUGGGCAGAGCUGGCGGGAGGUGCUUCGGGCGGCUGAAGCUACUCGGGACGCUGAGACACAGAAUUCGACUACAAGCCCCUAG